GCAGCUGCCGUUCUGCAGCGUCUGUCGUCUGACCCCGAGAGGAGGAAACCUGCGGACAAACACAGCUUUAAACUGAUGGCUUUACUCACCUUGUUUUUGGUGUUAUUUGCCUUCCUUUUGGAGUCUUUCAAGGCAGAAACAAUACAAAGCACUCUGGACCCUCUGGAUGCUUCUUUCUGUCACGGUGGGCUGAAAGCAAUCUAUCCAGAACUGGACAUCAAUAAAUGCCUCAUCAUUCCAAAGGCCCACAAAUUCAGAGAGAAAAUCAGCACUGUUUGGAAAGCUCCACAGAUCUACUUCUCUAGAGCACAGAAAAAGAUGUACGUCCUGGUGAUGGUUGAUCCUGAUGCUCCUAGACGCUCCCAGCACCCUGCUUACUGGAGGCACUGGUUGGUUGCGAACAUUAAGGGCUGCUCACUGGAGAAUGGAGAAAUACACGGAAACACUCUUACUGAUUAUCAUCCACCGACGCCACCAUGGAAGACUGGUUUCCACCGUUACCAGUUCAUGUUAUUUGAGCAGCCUCCUCACACUAAUGUAAAACUCACUGAAAAGGAGUCCUCCCGUGGUAAAUGGGAUUUUCCGGCCUUCAUCAAAAGGUUUAAUUUGGGGGAACCUGUGGCUGCCUUGCAGUUUCUCACCCAGAACUUCAAGGACUGAAGGAUGCUCAAAUGCUUCAACCAGAAGAAGAAUAGCACAGUAUAGUGAUACAAAAUAGAAUAUUUCUUGAUGUGUAUUGUUUCCAUGCUUUCCAUGCAUUAAACAGCAGAAAUUCUUCAAA